CUGUGCUAGAAGAACUUGUUAAUAGUGGUCGUCUAAAAGGCACCGUGGUUGGUGGGAGACAGGAUAAGGCUGUGUUUGUUCCAGACAUCUAUGCCAGAACGCAGAGCAACUGGGUGGAUUCCUUUUUCAAGCAGAAUGGUUACUUAGAAUUUGAUGCAUUGUACAGACUUGGCAUCCCUGACCCAGCAGGCUACAUUAAAAAAAGGUACAAGUCCACACAACUCUUAUUUCUGAGAGCAGCUUGUGUUGGUCAAGAAAUUGUGGAUCAAGUUGAAGCCUCUGUAGAGGAAGCCAUCAGCUCUGGAAACUGGAUAGAUGUAGCAACUCUUCUGCCUAGUUCAUUGUCAAUAGAAGAUGUUGGCAUUUUGCUUCAGCAAGUGAUGAGAUCUUUAAACAAAAAUUCUUCAGGUUUAGUCUUCAAUGACACCACUGUGGUCAGUGAGAAAUUUCUAAGCAGCUGUGCUGAUCUGUUUUCUGAUACGAUGCAACAGAAAGCUGAAAAGGAAAUGAAAAAUAAUUCUGUUAAUUUAAUCACUGAAGAAGAUUUAAAACAAGCUUCUGGUUUAGAGAAUUCAUAUGCUAAUAAAAAAGACAAAAAGGAUGAAAGAAGGAAGAAAGCAACAGAGGGCAGUGGAAGCAUGAGAGGAGGAGGAGGCGGCAAUGCUAGGGAGAUCAAGAUUAAGAAAACCAAGAAGAAAGGACGAAAGGAUGCCGACAGCGAUGAAGAGUCACAAGCAACUAGCACAGGUAGGAAUAAGCAGCCGGAGUUCUCUUUCAUGUCACAAGAGGAAAUUGAGGAUGUUUUAAAGACCCACAUGCAGGAUUGCCCUGAAGAGCUUAUUGCAGAGCUUGCUGAACACCUAAUAAG